AUGACGAUAUCAUACAACUUAGAUGUUGCGUCGGCAUCGCCGUUAAAUUUUUUCCGUUUAAUAUUUCGGUGGAAAGCUAGCAUCUGGAAGAUUUGUUUGAAAGAACUUUGCAUUUGGACAACUUUAUUUUUGAUUAUAACAUUCUUGUACCGAUCUCCCUACUUUCUUUCUGCGAAACAAAAGAUAAUUUUUGAAGAACUAGCUCAUUAUUUAAACUCUCAUUUGGAAUACAUCCCACUAACCUUUAUGCUUGGUUUUUUUGUUCAAAUCGUUGUACAACGGUGGUCUGUGCUCUUUCAAAAUAUGGGGUAUGUAGAAAGUCCAGCUAUAUAUAUUGGAGGUUACGUCUACGGCGAGUCCAAUGAAUGUCGAGUUCUCAGGCGCACUAUGGCACGGUACCUCUGUUUAACUCAACUACUUGUUUACAGGGACAUAAGUGUUCGUGUUCGAAAACGCUUUCCGAAUUAUGAUAGCAUAGUUGAAGCCGGGUUUAUGUUGCCACAUGAGAAAGAUAAAUUAGAAGCGAUAAAACUGCAUUACGACAAAUACUGGGUCCCUAUUAACUGGAUUUACGCACUAAUUUUUAAAGCUCGGAAAGAAGGCCAUGUUCCAAGCGACUCUUUUGCUAACAAACUUUGUGAUGAAAUUAAGUUGUACCGUUACAACAUACAGAUGUUAUGCAACUACGACUGGGUGCCAAUUCCUCUUGCGUACCCACAGUCUUGCUCGACCACAGUUCACUGCCAUCUGAUAAAGACAAGUAAACUUGUGCUACAAUUUUGUCUAAUUGAGAAUGAGGCUAAAAACUUCAUCUUCAUCAUUAUUCCAGUAAAAUGUGAGAAGUUUCAGUUGGUUUUCUUGGCUGUUUAUGUCUAUUUUGGCCUGUGCCUUAUUUCCAGGCAGUUCAUUAUAACGGACCGAGAUGCUAUAAAUAAGAGUGAAGUCGACCUGACACUUCCAUUUAUGACAAUGAUGGAAUUUCUGAUUUUUAUUGGUUGGAUGAAAGUUGCAGAAGGAUUACUGAACCCAUUUGGUGAAGACGACGAUGACUUUGAAUGUAAUUAUCUUUUGGAUAAGAAUCUUGCGGUAUGUCUUUAG